CGAGGGGAACGGCGGCGCGCGGGCGGUUGGGCCAGCUCAGGCUUUCUGCGGACAAGGCUGUGCUUGGCGUCCUCGGAUGCUGCGGGUUGAAGGUAGUCAUGGCCGGGACCCCCGCACCGAACAGCCACAGGAAGCAGAGUGGCGGCCUGGAGCCUUUCCCCGGUCUGUCUCGACCCAUUGAGAACCCUCCGAGCAAGCGGGCCCGGAGCUUCUCUGAGACCACAGUCCCGGACCCCGAAGACCCAUUCGGUGAGCACGCGGAAUUUACUGCGGACGACCUAGAGGAACUCGACAUCCUCGCGUCACAGGCCCUGAGCCAGUGUCCCGUCGCGCCUCGGAACCUGUCCAGUGCUCAUAAGGUCCGCCGACUAGAUGGGUUACCAAACAGUCCUAUAAAGAAAAGCAGAGAAGAUAUUCCAGUUAAAGAUAAUUUUGAAUUAGAAGUACUUCAAAUGCAAUACAAAGAACUUAAAGAAAAGCUGAAAGCAAUGGAAGAAGAAAUCUUAAUUAAGAAUGGAGAAAUUAAAAUUUUGCGUGACUCUCUGCGUCAGACAGAAUCCGUUCUAGAAGAACAGAAAAGAUCACAUUUCAUUCUUGAGCAAGAAAAGACUCAAGCACUCAGUGAAAAGGAAAAGGAAUUCUCCAGAAAGUUAAACAGAAUCCUAACUGUGCUCUCAUAGUUAACUCUUUCCAGUCCUAGGAAAGGCUCUUCUGUGGUUCUCAAGGCAGAAGCAUGUUCUCCACAUGUUGGAAAAACAACUUUCCCUACAAAAGAGUCUUUUAGUGCUAACACGCCUCUCUUCCACCCCUCUCAGACCGAGGCAGGACACAGACUUCUGGUGGGCCAAGAGGUUUCAGAUAAUAAAAACCACAGGCUGGGAGGUAACCUCAUGAAGCAAGAUGUGCAGCAGAGAAUUCUGGCUGACGGCUGGAUGCAGAGAAAAGAUGCUCAAGGUUCUAUUUUGAUAAACUUGCUCCUGAAGCAACCUUUGGUGCCGGGGUCAUCUCUAGGACUUUGUCACCUUCUGAGCAGUUAUCCUGAGGUUCCUACUGGCACCCUCUUGCAGCCACCAGGGCUCAGUACUUUGCCUGGGACUUCAGGCCUCAGGACCAUCAGUUCUUCUGAUGGGCCAUUUUCCCCCUCUGCCCUGAGAGAAGCACAGAACUUGGCAUUCACUGGGUUAAAUCUGGUUGCCAGGACGGAGAGCUCACACGAUGGAGACGUGGCGGCCGGAAGAGUCUUCCCACUCCGCCAGCUUCCUGGAGCUGUGCAUCUCCUUCCUCUGGUGCAGUUUUUCGUCGGCUUACACUGCCAGGCUCUGCAAGAUUUAGCCCCAGCUAAGAAGAGCGGGGUGUCUGGGGACUCCGCGACACAUACCUCCUGCGUGAGCUCUGGGGUCGAGGCUAGCCCAGAGGACUCCAUUCAUGGCUUGGAGAGCUUUUCUGUGGCGUCACUCAGCGUCCUUCAGAACCUGGUGUGCCACAGUGGGGCAGUUGUCUGCCUGCUACUGUCAGGCAUGGGGACAGAAGCUGCCACCAGGGAAGGAAACUUGGUCCAGACUUGUGCAGAGACAAUCUCAGCCUCCAGGGAGGAUGCUCAUGACCAAAACCAGCACCCACUCCUGAAGAUGCUUCUUCAGCUGAUGGCUUCCUCUUCUGCAACACCAGGUCAUUUUCAAGCCAGUGUCCUGGGCCUGUGCCUCAAAGUUUUGGUGAAAUUAGCAGAAAACGCUUCCUCUGAUUUGUUGCCCAGGUUCUCCUGUGUGUUCCCGGUGUUGCCACAGUGCCUCAGCUCAGCGCUGCCGCUGCCCUGUGUGCUCCUGGCUGUUGAGCUGCUCUCUGUGCUGCUGGACCAUGACAGCCUAGCACAGCAGCUGUGCUCCCACCCAGAAGGCUGCCUUCUCCUGAGGCUGUACAUGUACAUCACAUCAAGGCCUGACAGAACGGCCUCAGAGACACAGUGGCUUCAGCUGGAACAAGAGGUCGUAUGGCUCUUGGCCAAGCUGAGUGUACAGAGCCCUGCCCUCCCUGGCAUUGGUUCUGACUGUCACUGCAAUGUAGAGGCAGUCAGAGCGCUCACUGUGAUGUUGCACAGGCAAUGGCUGACGGUGCGGCGGGCAGGGGGUCCAAGGACCCACCAGCAGAAGCAGACGAUCCGCUGUCUGCGGGACACUGUGCUGCUGCUGCAUAGCCUAUCUCAGAAGGACAAGCUCUUCACUGUGCACUGUGUCGAGGUCCUGCAUCAGUACGACCAGGUGAUGCCAGGGGUCAGCAUGCUGAUUCGAGCCCUUCCUGAUGUGACUGACUGUGAAGAGGCUGCCCUGGAUGACCUCUGUGCUGCGGAGACUGAUUUAGAAGACUCUGAGGUGGACUGUAACUGAGGGCCUGAGCAUCCAGCCAC